AUGGGGACUCUGGGAACUUGCUGUGUGUGGCCGCUCCUGGAGCGCUGAGAUCCUUUCCAUGGGCAAAAAGCUGUCCUGGAGCUGGGAUUCCUGCCUGAAUUGUGGGCUUAGUGGUGAGGAGGUGCCAUUGCUGCUGGGCUGUGGGUAGAGCCCUUCCCCUCCCUGCAUCUCAUCGGGGGUCUGCCAACAUCUUCCCACCAAGCAGACCGGGUCCCAUCCCUAGCUGCCCCUUCUCUGCUGCAGCAAGUUCAGGCCUCUCGGCCUCACCUCCUUUGGGGCUCUUCCCUGCCUCAUGUUCAUCACACCUCUGCUGCACCAGCCUUACCUGCUGCAUCUUGCAGAACCUCUCCUCGCCCUGACCUGUGUGGCAUCCUCCCGCCAGUGGUGCAGUUGCCCUGUCAUGGGCUUGCCAGUUGGUGUGAGCCAUGUGGCAGCCAGGAGAGCUGGGUUAAUAGGUUUGGGACACUUGAGCUGUGCCCUGGGGAGCCUCAUGCUACUGCCACUCUGCCCCAUUGCAUACCCAGCUGUCUGAUUAGACUGAGCUCUCUGGGGCAGGGCCCACCUGGCUCUGGGUCUGCGCAGCCCAGGUGCACUAAUUGGGGCGCUCUCUGCAGCCAUCCAUAAGGGACAGCCCCCCAGCUGAGUGGGUGGGGCCAUGGAGCUGUGUCCCAACCUUGCCCCUGCCUGAGUGGGGCUGGCUGGUGUGCAGGGCCUGCUGGAAUCGGGCACGUAGGCCUGUCCCUUAGCAAUGCCCCAGGGCUGGUGGUGGGCUGUCCUGGAGCUUGCCCUAGGCCUUGUGUCUGCCCUGGCAUGUGCGCCAUUGAAUGUGGGAGCCCUGGUGUGGUGACCAGGGGGCAGCUAUGCUGCAUGUACAUGCCCUAUCCAGAGAUUCUCCUGGACUGCCCCAAGUUGCCUACAGGAAACUUCUGCACCCACCAAGGCCUGUGGGGUGGGGGUCUCCAUCCCAGGACAUGCAGCUGCUUUGCUCCACUCAAGUUGCAUCCAGCUCCCCUCCCAAGAAGGAUUUGUUCGGGGUGCUGUUGUGCCCUGUCGGUGAGGGAGCAUAUCCCACCCCUCCUGCAGUCCAGUAGGCUCUGCAUAGCGGCUCCCCAACACAGAUGGGGACCUGGCUUAGGCCCUUCCCCCAGGCACAGUUGUGGGAUGCAGUGUGUGUCACAGGCCAGGCUCGUGGCGGCAGCGGGAAGCCUGGGUGAGUAGUGGUUGGGUUGGUUCUGCCUCGGCCCAUGGUGUCUCUGUUGCCCUGCGUGUGGGAGGGAAGGAGAAGUGUGGUCAGCAAACUCCCUUUCCCUCAACCCAUGACAUGCCCCGGGGCCACCCAGUGCAGAGCUGAGAGGACACAUGCUCACACUCCUUAUCCUGCUUCUGUGUGGGGGAUUAGGAAUUAGCCUCUUUAGAGCACCAUAUGGCUGCUGGAGCUGCAGAUGCCUGGGAUGUCCCCUGCACAGAGGAGGGGGUUCCGGAGGACCAGAGAGGCCCAUCCGAAGGCUGGCUGUCAGCUAUUCUGGUCUGAAUAGGUUUUGUACUGUACUUGUCCCUGCAGCAUCUGGGCCUCUUCCAGUGGAGCAUUCAGCCAAGUGACUCAACGUCUGCCACGUGUUCGUUCUCUUCUCCGCUCCCCAAAGGAAGGGGAACGUGCUGCGGGGAGUCUGGAUUUGGGUCUAUUUUUAUAAUAUAAAUGUGCCUGUUGCUAUGUGUGCAUUAGAGGAGGCAGGUCGAGAAAACAUGCCUGAUGCUUGGAGGCUUGUGAAAGUCCUUAGUUCAUGGGGUUCUGCUGGGGUUCCCCAUAACCUAGGAUGUCCCCUUCACUUACCUCUGCCCCAGCUAUUUACCCCUGCAAUCAUAGAAUCAUAGAAUAUCAGGAUUGGAAGGGACCUCAGGAGGUUCUAGUCCAACUCCCUGCUCAAAGCAGGACCAAUCCCCAACUAAAUCAUCCCAGCCAGGGCUUUGUCAAGCCUGUCCUUAAAAACUUCUAAGGAAGGAGAUUCCACCACCUCCCUAGGUAACACAUUCCAGUGUUUCACCACCCUCCUAGUGAAAAGUUUUUCCUAAUAUCCAACCUAAACCACCCCCACUGCAACUUGAGACCAUUAUUCCUUGUUCUGUCAUCUGCUACCACUGAGAACAGUCUAGAUCCAUCCUCUUUGGAACCCCCUUUCAGGUAGUUGAAAGCAGCUAUCAAAUCCCCCCUCAUUCUUCUCUUCCGCAGACUAAACAAUCCCAGUUCCCUCAGCCUCUCCUCAUAAGUCAUGUGUUCCAGUCCCCUCAUCAUUUUUGUUGCCCUCCGCUGGACGUUUUCCAAUUUUUCCACAUCCUUCUUGUAGUGUGGGGCCCAAAACUGGACACAGUACUCCAGAUGAGGCCUCACCAAUGUCGAAUAGAGGGGAACGAUCACGUCCCUCGAUCUGCUGGCAAUGCCCCUACUUAUACAUCCCAAAAUGCCAUUGGCCUUCUUUGGAACAAGGGCACACUGUUGACUCAUAUCCAGCUUCUCAUCCACUGUAACCCCUAGGUCCUUUUCUGCAGAACUGCUGCUGAGCCAUUCGGUCCCUAGUCUGUAGCGGUGCAUGGGAUUCUUCCGUCCUAAGUGCAGGACUCUGCACUUGUCCUUGUUGAACCUCAUCAGAUUUCCUAUUGGUGCCAUGACGUUCUCUGUGGGGAGGGGAUCUCCAUACUUGGCACUGAAGCGGAGACCCGGUGAGGGCACGUAUUGGGUAUCUGUGCUGAGGCUGUCUCUCUGUGCCGGACUGAUGUGGGGGAUCAUUGGCUGACCCUGCACCAGUGUGGGAGUCCUGGGGGUCUCAGACGCAGGAGGGGCCCCUGCAGGCGUGGCCUAAUAGGCAGAGCACUGGACUGGGACACAGGAGCUCUGGGUUCUCUUCCUGGCUCUGCUACUGGCCUGCUGGGUGUUCUGGGGCCAGUCAUUGCCCAUCCCUAUGAUGGGAUUGGUGACGCUGACGUCCUUCGUGAACUGCUUUGAGAGCUGUGCAGCAAAUGUGUCAGACAGGAGCAGGGCUAGCCAGGGCGGCGAUCUCUGCAACGGGAGAAGGUAGCGAAGGGCAGGAGCAGGGCUAGCCAGGGCAGCGUGCUCUGCAAUGGGAGAAGCUGGCGAAGGGCAGCCGAGGUCACAGCCACGUUGGGGACUGCGGGAGGGGUUCUGCACCGGGAUGGGGCUGUGAGACAGGGUAGCUUGCUGGUGAUGUGAGGGGAUGCAAUGAGGGAGAGGGCUUGUGGCUCCUGCUGGUGACUUGCUGUGUAUCCCACCCCACCCAGCCCCUGCCUCUCGCUCCCCAGCCCUUGCCCUGAAUCUGUCCUGCCCUCUGCCCUGGAAGGAGCCCUGCUGGGCAGAGAUGGGGAUAGCUGAUCAUCACCUACCCCUCUGCCCCCCACCCCUGCAUCUCUGCAAGCUUCCCCACAGCACUGCCUGGCCUGAAUCCAGCCCUACUCAAUGGCUCAGACGCAGCUCAUCUGUGGUUUGGGGAGAGACACAGAAAUCCAGAGCUGUGCCUGGAUGCUGUGACUCGUGGGAUUAGCCCUAUGGGGCUCAGGGGCAGGUCUGAGCCUGGCUGGCUGGUGGCAAGUUCCCUGGGGUGGGGAAAAGGCUCCCUCACGUGCGCUCUCUGCCCUUCCAGGACGCGGUACAUCAGUACGGAGCUGGGCAUCCGGCAGCGGCUCUUUGUGGGUGUGCUCACCUCCAAGAGCACACUGAACACGCUGGCUGUGGCUGUGAACCGCACGCUGGGGCAUCGGUUGGAGCGGCUGGUGUACUUCACGGGCACGCGGGGCCGCAAGGUGCCUCAUGGCAUGACGGUGGUGACGCAUGGCGAUGAGCGGCCCAUCUGGAAUAUGUACCAGACCGUCAAGUACAUGCUGGACCACUACGUAGGCGACUUCGACUGGUUCUACCUGGUGCAGGACGACACCUACACCGAGGCUCAUCGCGUCAGCCGCCUGGUGGCCCACCUCAGCAUCGACACCCUCCUCUACCUGGGCCGGCCUGAGGAGUUCAUUGGGGGCGACACCGAGGGGCGCUACUGCUACGGUGGCUUCGGCUACCUGCUAUCCCACAGCCUGCUGCUGCGCCUGCAGCCGCACCUGGAGAACUGCCGUAACGACAUCCUGAGCGCCCGACCCGACGAGUGGCUGGGGCGCUGCAUCAUCGACUACACGACCAUCAACUGUGUGGAGGAGCAUGAGGGCCUGCGGUACCAGUACUUUGAGCUAGGGAAGAAUACUGACCCGGAGCGGGAGAGCGACCCCCGUUUUCAGAGCGCGUUCACUGCCCAUCCCGUGCUCGACCCCGUCCAGAUGUACAGGUUGCACAAGCACUUUGCCCAGGUGGAGCUUGAGAGGACCUACCAGGAGAUCCAGCAGCUCCAGCUGGAGAUCCAGAACACCAGCAGCCUGUCUGCGGACGGAGACCAUGGCGCCACGUGGCCCGUUGGCAUCACACCCCCAUUCCAGCCCAAGACACGCUUCGAGGUGCUGCGCUGGGACUACUUCACGGAGGAGCAGUUGUACUCAUGCGUGGAUGGCUCCCCCAAGUGUGAGCUGCGCGGUGUGGACACAGCUGAUGUGGCCGACGUUGUGGCCAUGGCCAUGGAGGAGCUGAACCGCAAGUACCAGCCAGUGCUGCACAUCCGCAAGCAGCAGCUGGUGAACGGGUAUCGGCGCUUCGACCCCACACGGGGCAUGGAGUACACGCUGGACCUGCAGGUGGAGGUGGUGACGCAGAAGGGGCACAGCCGCUCGGUCAUCAAGCGCGUGCACCUGGUACGGCCCCUCAGCGAGGUGGAGAUCAUCCCCAUGCCCUACGUGACUGAGGCCAGCCGCAUCAACAUCAUCCUGCCGCUGACGGCGCAUGACCGGGACCACGCUAGCCACUUCCUGGAGGUGUAUGCGGUGGCCGCCUUCGAGAGCAGUGAGAAUGCCGUGCUCACCUUCCUCUUCAUCUACGACCCCUUUGAGGCCCAGCAGGUGGCACAGAACGACAUCUUCGCCCCGGUCAAGGCCAGGAUUGCCGAGUACGAGCGCAAGUACACGGAGGUGAAGAUCCCCUGGAUCAGCGUCAAGACAGACGCGCCCUCCCAGAUCAAGGUCAUGGACAUCAUUUCCAAGAAGCACCCCGUGGACACGCUUUUCUUUGUGGCCAGCGUGGACACCGAGGUCACCACCGACUUCCUGAACCGCUGCCGCAUGAACACCAUCAACAGCUGGCAGGUCUUCUUCCCCAUCCACUUCCAGGGCUACAACCCGGCCAUCGCCUACCACAACCAGGCGCCGCCUGCCGCCCUGGAUCUGAUGCGGGAUGCUGGGCGCUUUGACCGAGACGUCUUCCAAGAGGCCUGCUUCUACAAUGCUGACUACAUGGCAGCACGCACCCGCAUGGCAGGUGAUGCGCAGGAGAACGAAGACAUCUUGGAGACCCUGGAGAUCUACGACAUGUUCAUCAAGUACUCCAGCCUGCACGUCUUCCGGGCCAUGGAGCCUGCCUUGCUGCAGCGCUACCGGCAGCACCUCUGCAAUCCCCGCCUCAGCGAGGAGAUCUACCACCGCUGCAUGCAGAGCAACCUGGAGGGGCUGGGCUCCCGCUCUCAGCUGGCCAUGGUGCUUUUCGAACAGGAGCAGGGCAACAGCACCUGAGCUGCAGGAGGGGCUGGCUCAGCCAGCCUCCCCAUGGCCUGCCCCACCUGCUCUGCUGGCUCUGGUUGUUCUCCCCCUCGUGGUGCAGCAGGCACUCUGCUGGCCCAAGGGGAAGCUCCCUGCAGACAAUGGGCUGGAUGGGGGCAGGGGAGUGUGGGGGAUGGGCUCAGCCCAUCUAGCUCUAGCCAGCUGGCACUGGCUGGGCUGGGGCGCAGAUAGGGGACCUGUGAUAUCCUGGGCUGGGGAGACUCAUCUGGGAGCUGGUUAGAGGAUGCGGGGGGAGCCAGGCCGUCUGGGUUCUGAUCCCAGCUCUGCUCUGUACCCUGUCUGGUCUCAGUGUCUCCUUUCCCGCUCUUUCCAUGGGACAGUGAUACUGAGCAGCCCCUGGGAGUGGGGUUUAUGGGGGCUGGCACUUGUACUUGUCCUGACUUUGGGCUGGGCAGGGUCCCAGGGCAGGUCCAGGGUUAGCUCCGAAACCUCUGCUCCCAUGAAAUGGCCCUGGAAGGCUGAGAGUGACUCGUGGAGGAGGCUGGAAACUGCAGUGGGGCUGGGGGCCUCUCCCUGUCUCUUCCACACAGCGCGUCAGCCAUGUUGGGGAUGCCACCUCUUGGAGCAGCAUGGACCCUCUGCUCCUGUGUGCACGGGAUGCCUGGCCCUGCCUGCAGUGUGUAGCUUUGCCAGGCUUUGCGUGUUGGUGAGUCUGGGGCAUUGAUGUGGGUAGAGUGACUUGUGGGGUCAGGGCUGGCCAUGUGACUCCAUCCCACAGCAAGGUGCAGCACUCCCUGUCUCUUGCCCUCUGCCCCAUAGACUUCACUGGCUCCAGUGGGCUGAGGCUCUAUUCCCCCUCCCAUGGCUGGCAGGGUGGGGGCUCCAGCCCUGGAGCAUGUGGCUUUAAAGAGUAAUUGCCUGGCUUUGCACCCCAGGUGCUGGCCACCUGGGAUUGGAGGCUCUGAGAAGCCCGUUUGUUACAGUGUGGGGUGCUCCUGCCCUGUCACUCAGACCCUCACCCACGGAGUCCCUGGGGUGCCGCAGGGCAGGAGGGAUUAGAGCUGCAGGCCCUAAUGGGCCCGAUCCAAGGCUCUGUGUCCCAGGGAGCUGAAGGUGCUGGCUGCUGCCGUGAGUUCCUGAAAGCGCAGUGUGGGCUCUGGGCAGCUGGAACCUGGUUAAACCUGCUGCUGUAGAGCGGGGGAGGGUUUCUCUGGUGCAUAUGGAGCAAUAAGGCAUUUAAGGUCAGUGCAGCGCAGCUCUGGCCAUAACCCGCUGGCCUAAGCACUCCAGGCUUUGGGGGGAGGGAGGAAGCUUACAGGGCUCGGGCCCCAGGACGUGUGAGUGCAGGGAGGACCGGGGAUCCCUCUAUUCACUGGCUGUGUGCUGCUCCCCAUGGGAAAUAUGACCCAGGUCGCUUUGGCCUCUGCAGUAUUUUAAUAGGACGGGAGGAGACUGCAGCCCUCGGAUGAGAGCUUCCCAUGGGAGGUUUGAGCUGUCACUGCUGCUGGCCAAGCAGGCUUGACUCAGCCGUCCCUGCUGGUGCUGUCACCCACGGGGCUCUCCAGGCCGCUGCUCGCAGGGCUGCAUGAGGGGACGGGAUCCUGUCCCCAUUGGCCGCAGGCAGAGCCCUGUGCAGGGACAUGUCUGCUGGAACGGGCCCUUCUCCGAGCAGGCAUUGACUCCUGGCUUCUUCGUGGAGCUGUGCUCUCUGCACUGAGCAUGCUGGGUGGGGUGGGUAAUGCCUGGGUCUGACCCCAGUUAAUGCUGCUGGGGCUGCCAGAAAGAACGGGACAGAUGGGCUGCAUUGUGCGUCUCCAAGGAGAAAGUGACAGAGGAGCCAGACUUGGCUCCAGGUUUAUAUUUAAUGGCAGGGUUGGGUUAUUGUGUUUACACUGCAAUAAAACGGAAAGGACGAA